GGGUCUUGCGGAGUUGGCGGAGUCUCCUUAGGGAACUGGGGGGCUGAACUGCGUAGAAGAGGGUGGCGGGGAGGAGAGCGCUAAGUGGGAAGCGGAACCUGGGGCCUGGGACCCGCCGCGGCAGAGCCAGGCUAGUGAACCGGAGCAAACGACUUCCGAUCCACUCCGCGCUGCAGCGGCACCCUUUUGGGAUUUGAUUUGCAGCAUCUUUGAGCUGGUACCACAAAAACACCCCGCGAAGCAACGCCUAGCCCUCCCCUGGCACCCCGAGACAAACCCACUCCCUCCCGGGGACACAGCUGGGCGCGUCCACACCCCCGCAUCCCAUACACCAUGUUGUGCGGAAGGACUUCCACUCCCCGCCUGUGUCGUUGAUGUCAGACCCCAGGCCAGCCUCAGGGCGCUGCAGUUCUCCUGGCUAAUGCUGAGGCUGUGGCUAGGGCUUUAGUACAUAAGCCAGCCGCCGCCGCCGCCCCCUCCCAGCCGGCCUCAGCGCCCACAGUCUGCAUGUGUGUGCGGUAGCCGGCUGCCCAUCCUGACGCCCGUGUUCCCCGGGAGCUCUGGAGACCACCGCGGGGGCUUCCUCUGCCCGUGGGAGAAGUGGCCUUGGAGGAAUUGAUUUCGGUGGUUGGAUUUUUCUUGUGGAUCUAUCAAUUCACAUUUCGAAUUUGGAAGAAAGAAGGAAAACAUGACGUCUCCAGCCAAAUUCAAAAAGGAUAAGGAGAUCAUCGCAGAGUACGAUACUCAGGUCAAAGAGAUCCGGGCACAGCUCACAGAGCAGAUGAAAUGCCUAGACCAGCAGUGUGAGCUCCGGGUGCAGCUGCUGCAGGACCUGCAAGACUUCUUCCGAAAGAAGGCUGAGAUUGAAAUGGACUACUCUCGAAACCUGGAGAAGCUAGCUGAGCGCUUUCUAGCCAAGACACGAAGCACCAAGGACCAGCAAUUUAAGAAGGACCAGAAUGUUCUCUCUCCAGUAAACUGCUGGAACCUCCUCUUAAACCAGGUGAAGCGGGAGAGCAGGGAUCAUACCACCCUGAGUGACAUCUACCUGAAUAAUAUAAUUCCUCGAUUUGUUCAAGUCAGUGAGGACUCAGGAAGACUCUUUAAAAAGAGUAAAGAAGUUGGCCAGCAGCUCCAAGAUGAUUUGAUGAAGGUCCUGAACGAGCUUUAUUCGGUCAUGAAAACAUAUCACAUGUACAAUGCCGACAGUAUCAGCGCUCAGAGCAAACUGAAGGAAGCAGAGAAGCAAGAAGAGAAGCAAAUUGGUAAAUCAGUGAAGCAAGAGGACCGGCAGACUCCCCGCUCCCCUGAUUCCACUGCCAAUGUCCGCAUUGAGGAGAAACAUGUCCGGAGGAGCUCAGUGAAGAAGAUUGAGAAGAUGAAGGAGAAGCGACAAGCCAAGUACACAGAGAAUAAGCUGAAGGCCAUUAAAGCCCGGAAUGAGUACUUACUGGCUUUGGAAGCAACUAAUGCAUCUGUCUUCAAGUACUACAUCCAUGACCUGUCCGAUAUUAUCGAUCAGUGUUGUGACCUAGGCUACCAUGCUAGCCUGAACCGGGCCCUGCGUACUUUCUUGUCUGCUGAAUUAAAUCUGGAACAAUCAAAACACGAGGGUCUGGAUGCUAUUGAAAAUGCAGUAGAAAACCUAGACGCCACCAGUGACAAGCAGCGACUCAUGGAGAUGUACAACAAUGUUUUCUGCCCCCCUAUGAAGUUUGAAUUCCAGCCCCACAUGGGAGAUAUGGCCUCUCAGCUCUGUGCCCAGCAGCCUGUCCAGAGUGAGCUGGUGCAGAGAUGCCAACAACUGCAGUCUCGCUUAUCCACUUUGAAGAUUGAGAACGAAGAGGUGAAGAAGACAAUGGAGGCUACCCUGCAGACCAUUCAAGACAUUGUGACUGUUGAGGAUUUCGACGUGUCUGACUGCUUCCAGUACAGCAAUUCUAUGGAGUCUGUCAAAUCAACGGUCUCGGAAACUUUCAUGAGCAAGCCCAGCAUUGCUAAGAGGAGAGCCAACCAGCAAGAGACAGAGCAGUUUUAUUUUACGAAAAUGAAGGAGUACUUGGAGGGUAGGAACCUAAUCACCAAGUUACAAGCCAAGCAUGACCUCCUGCAGAAAACCCUGGGAGAAAGUCAGCGGACGGAUUGUAGCCUUGCCAGGCGUAGCUCAACCGUGAGGAAACAGGAUUCCAGCCAGGCGAUUCCCCUUGUGGUAGAAAGCUGCAUCCGGUUUAUUAGCAGACAUGGCCUACAACAUGAGGGGAUUUUCCGGGUGUCUGGGUCACAAGUGGAAGUGAAUGACAUAAAAAACGCCUUUGAGAGAGGAGAGGACCCUCUGGCUGGGGACCAGAAUGACCAUGACAUGGACUCCAUAGCUGGUGUCCUCAAGCUUUAUUUCCGGGGGCUGGAACACCCGCUCUUCCCCAAGGACAUCUUCCAUGACUUGAUUGGCUGUGUCACAAUGGACAACCUGCAAGAGAGAGCUGUGCAUAUCCGGAAAGUCCUUCUGGUCCUGCCCAAACCCACUCUGAUUAUCAUGAGAUACCUCUUUGCCUUCCUCAAUCACUUAUCACAGUUCAGUGAAGAGAACAUGAUGGACCCCUACAACCUUGCCAUCUGCUUCGGGCCCUCACUGAUGUCAGUGCCAGAGGGCCAUGACCAGGUGUCCUGUCAAGCCCACGUGAAUGAACUGAUUAAAACCAUCAUCAUCCAACAUGAGAACAUCUUCCCAAAUCCCAGGGAGCUGGAGGGCCCCAUCUACAGCAGAGGAGGAAGCAUGGAGGAUUACUGUGACAGCACUCAUGGAGAGACUACCUCUGCUGAAGACUGCGCCCAGGAUGUGACAACAGAGCACCACACCAGUGAUGACGAAUGUGAGCCCAUUGAGGCCAUUGCCAAGUUUGACUACGUAGGACGGACAGCCCGGGAGCUGUCCUUCAAGAAGGGAGCAUCCCUGCUGCUUUACCAGCGAGCUUCUGAUGAUUGGUGGGAAGGCCGGCACAAUGGUAUAGAUGGACUCAUCCCCCAUCAGUACAUCGUAGUCCAGGACACCGAGGACGGUGUCGUGGAGAGGUCCAGCCCCAAGUCUGAGAUUGAGGUCAUGUCUGAGCCACCUGAAGAAAAGGUGACAGCCAGAACGGGGGCCAGCUGUCCCAGUGGGGGUCAUGUAGCUGAUAUUUAUCUUGCAAACAUCAACAAGCAAAGGAAGCGUCCAGAAUCUGGGAGCAUCAGAAAAGCAUUUCGGAGUGACAGCCAUGGGCUGGGCAGUUCUCUGACUGACUCCUCCUCCCCGGGGGUGGGGGCUAGCUGCCGUCCAUCCUCUCAGCCCAUCAUGAGCCAGAAUCUUCCCAAGGAAGGGCCAGAUAAGUGUUCCAUCAGCGGCCAUGGGAGCCUCAACUCAAUCAGCCGCCACUCAUCCCUGAAGAACCGGCUGGACAGUCCACAGAUCCGGAAGACCGCCACUGCAGGAAGGUCAAAAAGCUUCAAUAACCAUCGGCCCAUGGACCCUGAAGUCAUUGCACAGGAUAUUGAAGCAACAAUGAACUCUGCCCUGAAUGAGCUUCGAGAGCUGGAGCGGCAGAGCAGUGUUAAGCACACCCCUGAUGUGGUUCUGGACACCUUGGAACCCCUCAAGACCUCCCCAGUGGUAGCUCCCACAUCGGAGCCCUCCAGCCCCCUGCACACCCAGCUCCUCAAGGACCCUGAGCCUGCCUUCCAGCGCAGCGCCAGUACUGCUGGGGACAUGGCCUGCGCCUUCCGGCCCGUCAAAUCUGUCAAGAUGGCUGCCCCGCUCAAACCACCCGCCACACGGCCCAAGCCAACUGUCUUCCCCAAAACAAAUGCCACUAGCCCUGGUGUCAAUUCAUCAGCUUCCCCACAGGCCACUGACAAGUCUUGUACUGUCUAGGGGGUAUAACUUAAUUGUGUUAGACAAGGAGACUGAUGGUUAUUAAAAUCUUCCUAUUUAACUA